UGCUAAAAAAGGUUUUUAAUGUGGUGCUAAAAUUUGAAAUCACUUUAAUUUGAGUUUAUUUUUGAGAUUCACCCUAUUUAUACCGCCCGCUCCUUGUCAAACCCUAACCCGGACCUACUACUUGCUCUUUGCAUUACAUUGGAGUUUAUACAUCGCCAGAUCCACAACCAUGAUUUACACUUAUAGUUGAUAGAGAAACAAUAAAACAGUUACAGAGGGGAAGGAAGUUCAUAAGAACACAACAAGAAAACCUCCCAAGGUUCAAACUUGCAUAAAUGCAGCAACCAGCUGUAUCACCGCACACAACGGUGGUACCAGGAACUUCAGCGGCAGACUCCAACGAGGCAAGUGGAGAUGCACCGCCGAAGCAGGUGGCAAUGGCACUGGAGCGGCUGGGGCAGGCGAGCCGACUCAUAGCUGAUGUCAGACUUGGUGCAGAUCGGCUUCUGGAGGCCCUAUUCGUGGCGGCCCAGCCACAACACUCUUCUAAACCUUUGCAUCUUAUCCUCAAAGAAGAAGCUUCCAUGAGACAACACCUUCAAGACCUUCGCUCUGUUGGAAGGCAAUUGGAAGAUUCUGGUGUUCUCAAUGAUUCCCUUCGAUCACGAAGUAAUUCAUGGGGCCUCCACAUGCCCUUGGUUUGUCCCGACGGUGCUGUUGUUGCAUAUGCAUGGAAAAGACAACUUGCGGGUCAGGCUGGCGCAUCUGCAGUUGAUAGGACCAGGUUAGCUCUCAGGGCCUUUAAUGAUCAGAAAAGACGAUUUUUCCCACAUCUUGAUACCAGUUGUGGUGGGGAGGGUGCGACAAAGAAACUUCGUGGUUCUCCAUCAAGUGAUCAGGAAGAAACUUGUGAACCAAAAACAGUGUCUGAAGUUUUGACACAUUUGAAAAAGGAGGUUCCAAAUGUAAUAACCUUCUCCUACCAGCGUUUGGAUUGGUUAAAGCGGGCUACCUCAUUGCCCUCUUCAACGAGUGAAAAUUCUAUUGAAUUAUCGAAAGAUAAUACUUUCCAAAGCACGAGAACACUAAGACAAGGAUCAUCCGAUGAUGUUGCUCCAGACAAGGUUGCUAUGAUUGAAUUGUUGAUCCCUUCUGUUUUUAGAGCCAUAGUAUCAGUUUCCCCUGCUGGUUCCUUGGAUCCUGAUGCUGUAGCAUUCUUCUCGCCAGAUGAGGGUGGUAGCUAUGUACAUGCUAGGGGAUUUUCAAUUCAUCAUGUAUUUAGGCACAUCACGGAGCAUGCUGCUAUGGCUUUACAACAUUUUACAGGUGUCGUUACUGAGACAGCGCUGCUUUCUUUGCUGUUGUGGGUCUGCAGCUACCAGACUUUGUUCUCAAAAGUUUGCAGCAAGUGUAGCCGGCUACUAUCAAUGGACAAAGAGUCUGCUAUUCUUCUGCCUCCUGUUAAUCGCCCUUAUCGAAAUUUUUGUCCUGGAAAAUUCCUGUCAAAGUCUGUCUCAAAAGAGGGCCAAAGUGUGGAUUCUACUCAGGGUUUUCAUAUCGGCUGCUUUUCCGAGGAAGCAUAGAGAAUCAGCUUUCUGACACCUGAAAACAUUGUACAAAGAAAUUCCAAACCUAUAGAUAGAGGCUUUCAGCAUUUUUUUCCCAACCAGAUGCAGCCAGCUUUCCUUGUAGUUAAAUUUGUUUCCUUCUAUCAUGCUUGAUCUUGAAGAUUGUACUAAGAAAUGUCAGUUUUAUAGGGCUCUGUUCAACAAAAACUAGCAAAAAGGCACGUUACCCAUUUUUUUUAAUGAUGUAGCAUGUAGCCUUCCUUGAUACAAGGGGCCGUUUGUUGAUAUUAAGUUUCUUCGAAUUUAUCAGGACUACUUUUUUUUA